AUGCAUUUUCCGGUAUUUGAUGACUUCUAUCAGCGUUUUCUAUUUCUGUUGCCGUUCGUUACAAAUUUUUCGCCUCAAGAUCGUCGUUUUACAUACGAUGCACCAGAUCAGUGGCAAUUUGAUUUCCCACAAUGUGGAGGACCCGAACAAUCGCCAAUUGCCAUUACGGCCCACAAGGUGAUACCAAUUGGCUUGCCCCCGUUGUAUUUCGGUUUAUACGAUGAGCCAUUCGAUCAGCUAUUGAGCAUUAAGAAUAAUGGACACACAAUUGAAUUCAGUGUGCCCACAACGGUAUUUGGCGAACGACCCUACAUCACGGGAGGUCUAUUGCGGGGUUUCUAUGAGACGAUGGCCGUUCAUUUUCACUGGGGUUCAUCACAGUCCAAGGGCUCCGAGCACUUGAUCAAUGGUCGUCGUUAUGAUCUGGAAGUGCAUAUCGUUCAUCGAAAUAUAAAGUAUUCAACUGUUGAGGAGGCUCGCAAUUACAAUGAUGGUUUGGCCGUGUUGGCUGUGCUUUUUAAAGUGGUUCGAACAAGUCACUCGUUUUAUCAGCCUGGUUUGAAUGAAGUCUUUGGCUCGUUGCUGCAUCUGACAGAAUUUAAUAGCACGUACACGCCGGCGGCUCUAUUAACUCUGGGCUCCCUGCUGGGCACCUUGGAUAGAGGUAAUUUCUAUGCCUACAAGGGUUCAUUAACCACGCCGCCGUGUUCACCGGCUGUACUGUGGCAUGUGUUUGCCGAGGUAUUGCCUAUUUCCCAUCAGGAACUGCCCAAGUUCUGGCAACUACGAGACCGACGUGGCCGUCCGUUGGUCAAUAAUUUUCGACCACUUCAAUCACUGGAAGCGAGACAAAUAUUUCAGCGAAGCCCAUUUCAUGAGUAUCUCUGGAUUUAGCCAACAGAGGAGAGGUUCUUUAGAAUAAAUCGCUAGUUUAAUAUUAAGUAAG